AUGGCGAGCGAACAGGCAAUGAGUUUGUUAAAAAAGAAACGCGGUAUCAUUAAAGGUCAACUGUCUAAGUUCACCACAUUCGUCGAUAGAUUCACGGACGCGGGAAGCGUGACGGAAUUGGUUGCUCGGUUGGAGAAGGCUGAAGCGUUAUGGUCGGAAUUUGAUAAAAUACAGACUGAAAUCGAGCUAGCGGACGAUUCGGAGGCGCAGGCAGGUCAUCGCGACGCGUUUGAAGCGUCAUAUUUUGUAGUGAUAGCUAGGGCUAGAGAGUUAGGACAGACGAAUCCAGAUGUACAGCCGCAAACAAAUCACGCGUGUAACAAUUCAAAUCAAAACGUGCAACUACCUACAUUGAAAUUACCGGAGUUUGACGGUGAAUAUAGCAAGUGGAUGCAAUUUAGCGAUACGUUUAGAGCAAUAAUUCAUAACAACGCUACUUUAACCAUUACACAAAAAUUUUACUAUUUGAGGUCGUGUUUAAGCGAAGAUGCCGCGCGGGCCUUAGACACAUUAGAGGCAUCGGAUGCAAACUACGACAUUGCUUGGAAUAUUUUGAAAGAAAGAUUUGAAAAUAAAAAUAUCAUAAUACACAAUCACGUGAAAGCCUUGUUCGAUUUACCGCAGGUUAUCAAAGAUUCCCACGCGUCUCUGAGGGACCUGUCUGAUAGCAUGUCGCAACAUUUGCGCGCAUUAGAAUCGCUAGGGCAGCCGGUAGAAAGCUGGGACUCGAUAAUAAUUUUUCUGAUUACAACUAAAUUAGAUUUAGCAUCGCGGAAUGAGUGGGAAAAAAUGUCGGUUAAACGCAAGGAGUUACCCAGCAUUGAUAGUUUCAAGAUAUUUUUAAACGAGCGCUGUCAAAUACUUGAAAGAUUAUUCAAAGAUACUAAACAAACGGAUAAACGCAAUUCAAUUAAAGAUUCAAAGAAUACCACAAAGGCGGGUUCGUUAACUCAUUUAGCGGCAAACGUAGCAAAAUGCAUGUUUUGCAAGGGCUCACAUAGCAUAUAUUUUUGUAAAGACUUAUUAAGCUUACCCGUUGACAAGCGAUUAACACAAGUUAGAAAAUUAAAGUUAUGCACGAAUUGUUUGAGAAAUAAUCAUUUCAGCAAGGAUUGCAGAGCAAGUGGCUGCAAAAAAUGCAGCGGCAAACACAAUACCUUAUUGCAUUUUGGCGAUUCAAAGGUUGAGCACGAAACGAAUAAUCAAUCCUCAUCGAAUAUAAACAAGGCAAUAGAUAACGACAAAGCAAGCAUAAGUCAGGAGUCAGCGAUAACUACACACGCGGUUCAGGCAGCUCAUAAUUCGUAUAUUUUAUUGGCAACAGCGAGAAUUGUUAUAUUUGAUAACAAUGGUAGAUCACAUCCCUGUCGAGCUUUAUUAGACAAUGGUUCUCAAUCUAAUUUUAUCACGAGCAAAUUAGCGCAAAAAUUAGGGCUAGCGAAAACACCCAUAAAGAUUCCGAUUUGCGGAGUUAAUCAAAACAUAACCCAUAUUUCGCACAGAACUGAAGCAUCUAUUAAAUCGUUAUAUAACAAUUAUAAGGCCAAAUUAUCCGUUUUAGUAGUUGACAACAUUACACAGGAUCUACCGAAUAGAUUCUACAACAUCUCCGCGUUAAACAUUCCGGAGGGUCUCUCAUUGGCGGAUCCGCGUUUCAACUAUCCCGAACCAGUAGAUAUUUUGUUAGGUGCUGGUAUAUUCUGGGAGCUCUUGUGCGCGGGACAAAUCCAGUUAGGUGAAGGCAGACCAUUCCUUCAAAAGACAAAACUAGGUUGGAUUGUGUCAGGGCCCAUGGCGCCUAGAUAUAAGGAGUCAGAAUCGUUAUGCCAUCUUAAUACAAUACAAGAUAUUCGCGAUAGUCUAGAACGGUUUUGGAAAAUUGAAGAAUGUUUGUCAACACCAAAUUUGACAAGAGAGGAAUCCGAGUGCGAAGACCUAUUCGUAAAGACCAUGAAGCGUGAUGAGCAAGGGCGGUUUACGGUACGGUUGCCUUUUCGAGCAAACGCGGACAAACUCGGAGAUUCGUUAGAUAUGGCAAUUAAGCGACUUUACUCAUUGGAAAAACGAUUAGCCAAGGAUUCUAGUCUCAAAAAGCAAUACGUUAGCUUCAUGAAUGAAUACUUAGAGCUUGGUCAUAUGACCGAGGUAAAGUCAAGCGACAGGGACCUCGAGUCAGUGUACUAUCUACCGCACCACAGCGUAGUAAAGGAAUCGAGCAUAACUACCAAGACACGCGUGGUUUUUGAUGCAUCAGCGAAAACGUCAACGAACUUGUCGCUGAAUGACGUCUUAAUGGUCGGUCCAGUCAUUCAAGACAGUUUAUUCGCGAUACUGAUCAGAUUUAGAAUGCAUAAGUACGUUUUUACCGCGGAUGUAACGAAAAUGUACAGGCAAGUUAAUGUUCAUGAAGCCCAUCGAGAUUUUCAACGCAUCAUUUGGCGUCCAGAUGAAAGAGAACGUAUACGUCACUAUCGGUUAAAUACAUUGACAUACGGGACAGCUCCGGCUUCAUUUGAGGCUAUACGGUCACUUCGGCAAACAGCUGUGGAUAAACAGAGUGUAUUCCCUGAUGCAUCAAACAUAAUUUUAUCGGAUUUUUAUGUCGACGAUCUUAUUUCGGGAGCUAAUACGGUGAAAGAUGCGCUGAGACUUGCGCAUGAAAUAGAUACGAUAUUGCGCGGCGGAUGUUUUCAUUUGCGCAAAUGGAAUAGCAAUAGCGAGGCCUUUAUCAAUGCAAUACAAACUGAACCGGGUAGUAAUCAAAUACAUUUAACGCAGGAUACUAAUUCUAAAACGCUUGGUUUGUCUUGGGACGCUAAGAAAGAUAUGCUGAAUUAUCAAACAAACGCGAUUAGUAACAAAUCGAAUAGGGUUACGAAAAGAACGAUAUUGUCAGUCGUGUCGCAAUUAUUUGAUCCGCUAGGAUUAGUUAGUCCCACAAUCGUUUUGGGAAAAAUUAUCAUGCAGAAAAUAUGGAAAUUAGGAAUCGGUUGGGACGAAGCAUUGCCCCUCGACUUAUUCACGCUAUGGAGUCAAUUCUGUGAAGAUAUGAAAUUCAUAAACGAAGUUUCUAUACCUAGAUACACGAUGGGUCAUCAAUGCAGGGUAUUAGAAUUGCAUGGUUUUAGUGACGCGUCCGAAAUUGCAUACGGAGCGUGCCUAUACGUACGAGCGGUGGAUAUGACCGGUAAGAUUAUCACUAAAUUAUUAUGUGCUAAAUCGCGCGUGGCACCAGUAAAAACAAUAAGUUUGCCGCGUCUUGAGCUGUGUGGUGCGGUAUUACUGGCACGUUUACAUCAGCAAGUAAUCGAAGCAUUGAGUCUCCUUCCAAAUUGGAAGUCUGAUAGUUUUUAUUGGUGUGACUCUACUAUCGUUUUAUCGUGGAUAGCUACCGAAUCCAGUCUAUUAAAAACCUUCGUAGCAAAUAGAAGCGCGGAAAUACAGAGACUUACAGACAGUAAGCGUUGGGCGCAUGUCGCGGGGAGUGAAAAUCCAGCAGAUAUUGUAUCUAGAGGCAUGAGCUUAUCUAAACUAGCGACUUCGCAAUUAUGGUGGAACGGGCCACCAUGGUUAGGGCUAGGGUCGAAUCAUUGGCCAAUCACAGAUAAUACGUGUAUUCCCGUGCCUUCUGAAUUGAAGGAAAGCAAAAUAGCAUGCAUUACGAUUAAAUCUGAUUGGGAUGUCUUCAAUCGUUUUUCAUCAUACUUAAAAUUACUUAAGGUAAUGGCCUAUUGCUUGCGUUUUAUCGACAAUAUACGAAAGGGCGUGAGCGAGAGGCGUUUCGGUUCAUUAUCAGUUGAUGAACUAGACAAAUCAUUGCUCACACUCGUUAAAAUAGUUCAAAUUACACAUUUUGCACCCGAAAUCAAUAGUUUAGAACGCGAAAAUGCGGUGCGAUCUAGCAGCAAAAUCUUAUCGUUAAAUCCAUUCUUAGAUGAGUACCGCAUUUUACGAGUGGGUGGUCGAUUAAAAAACUCUAAAUUGCAGUACGAGCACAAGCACCCUAUGCUGCUACCAAACAAGCAUGUGUUCACCCAGAUGCUCAUAACAUAUGAACACGAAAAACAGAUGCAUGCGGGAUUAACGAGUACGUUAGCCGCGAUUAGAACGCGUUUUUGGAUUUUAAAUGCUCGGAGCACAGUGAGGAAAAUAAUCUUCCGUUGCAUGAUCUGCUUCCGGACAGCCCCUAAGGGUGAAAGUUAUCAAAUGGGAAAUCUACCCGAAUCUCGGGUGAACGCGGACAGGCCAUUCACAGUGGUCGGAAUAGAUUACGCGGGACCGUUUCUGGUUAAAGAUGGCAAAUUACUAAAUCGAAAAUUGGUCAAAUGUUAUUUGUGUAUAUUUGUUUGUUUUUCAACAAGAGCCGUACAUCUGGAAGUCGUGGGCGACUUAACAAGCGAUUCGUUUCUAAAUUCACUCAAGCGAUUUGUUUCAAGGCGUGGAAUAUGUAAACAUAUUUACUCUGAUAAUGCCACUAAUUUUGUUGGUGCGAAGAAUGAGCUCGGCGAAGUUCUCAAUUUGUUAAAUCAAAUAGAUAGAGAUAGUAAAUUCGUAAAUUUUUUAAGUCAAAACCUGAUACAGUGGCACUUUAUUCCACCGCGUGCUCCCAAUUUUGGAGGUCUCUGGGAGGCGGCAGUGAAGAGCGCUAAGUAUCACAUUAAAAGAAUAGUAGGCGAAGCGCAUUUAACGUUUGAAGAUUUGUAUACGGUGAUCACUCAAAUCGAGGCUAUCAUGAAUUCUCGGCCGUUGAUGCCAAUGUCCAAUGAUCCCAAUGAUAUGGAUAUUCUAACACCGGGGCAUUUCCUAAUUGGUGAGCAACUCACGUCAGUACCACAAUCGUCCGUCGUAGAGUUGCCCACGAAUCGAAUGAAUCAAUAUCAGCGAUUACAACAGAUGGUACAACAUUUUUGGUCACGUUGGACCAGCGAAUACUUGUCACAUUUGCAACAACGUUCCAAAUGGAUGAAGGACGUUCCCUCAAAGAUCAAAGUGGGUAGCAUGGUACUCCUGAAGGAAGACAACACGCCACCACUGCAGUGGAAGCUGGGGCGUAUUACGGAACUGCAUCCAGGAGCAGAUGGCGUACCUCGCGUAAUUAGUGUUAAAACCUUUACCGGAAUCUUAAAGCGAACAAUAGGAAAGAUAUGUAUAUUGCCCAUUGAGGAAUCAAUGUAA